CCUGCGCCGCGCGCCCCGCGACCGGCGGGCGCCAUGGACCGAGGCCGGGUGCUGGAGCAGCUACUCCCCGAGCUCACAGGGCUGCUCAGCCUCCUGGACCACGAGUACCUCAGCGACACCACCCUGGAGAAGAAGAUGGCCGUGGCCUCCAUCCUGCAGAACCUGCAGCCUCUCCCAGCCAAAGAAGUCUCCUAUCUGUAUGUGAACACAGCCGACCUCCACUCCGGGCCCAGCUUCGUGGAGUCCCUCUUUGAAGAAUUUGACUGUGACCUGAGCGACCUUCGGGACAUGCCGGAGGACGAUGGGGAGCCCAGCAAAGGAGCCAGCCCUGAACCAGCCAAGAGCCUGUCUCUGAAACAUGCAGCGGGCCUGCCUCCACCACUCCCAAACAGGCCUCCACCUGAGGACUACUAUGAGGAGGCCCUUCCCCUGGGGCCAGGCAAGUCCCCAGAGUACAUCAGCUCUCACAAUGGCUGCAGCCCAGCCCAGUCCAUUGUGGAUGGCUACUAUGAGGACGCAGACAGCAGCUACCCCUCGACCAGGAUGAAUGGAGAGCUGAAGAACUCCUACAAUGACUCUGACGCAAUGAGCAGCUCCUACGAGUCCUAUGACGACGAGGAAGAGGAAGGGAAGGGUCUGCAGCCCACACACCAGUGGCCCUCCGAGGAGGCCUCCAUGCACCUGGUGAGGGACUGCAGGAUAUGUGCCUUCCUGCUACGGAAAAAGCGCUUUGGGCAGUGGGCCAAGCAGCUGACCGUCAUCAAGGAGGACCAGCUCUUGUGUUACAAAAGCUCCAAGGACCGGCAGCCACAUCUGAGGCUGGCGCUGGAUGCCUGCAAUGUCAUCUACGUGCCCAAGGACAGCCGGCACAAGAGGCACGAGCUGCGCUUCUCCCAGGGGGCUACUGAGGUCUUGGUGCUAGCACUGCAGAGCCGGGAGCAGGCCGAGGAGUGGCUGAAGGUCAUCCGAGAGGUGGGCAAGCCCGCCCCAGGGGCCGAGGGGACAGACAUGCCCAGAUCCCCAGUCCUCCUGUGCAAACUGGACCUGGACAAGAGGUUAUCCCAAGAGAAGCAGACCUCAGACUCCGACAGCCUGGGAUUGAGCGACAACUGUUCCACCCUUGGCCGCAGAGAGGCCUGCGAACAUGCAACAGGCAAAGGGAAGAAGAGCAGCCUGGCAGAGCUGAAGGGUUCGAUGAGCAGGGCUGCCGGCCGAAAGAUCACGCGCAUCAUCGGCUUCUCCAAGAGGAAGGCGCUGGCCGACGACCUGCAGGUGUCCUCCACUGAAGAGGAGGUUCCGUGCUGUGGCUACCUGAACGUGCUGGUGAACCACGGCUGGAGGGAGCGCUGGUGCCGCCUGAAGUGCGGCACUCUGUAUUUCCACAAGGACCGCGCGGACCUGCGGACCCACGUGAACGCCAUCGCCCUCCGUGGCUGUGAGGUGGCCCCAGGCUUUGGGCCCAGACACCCAUUUGCCUUCAGGAUCCUGCGCAACCGGCAGGAGGUCGCCAUCUUGGAGGCAAGCUGCUCCGAGGACAUGGGCCGCUGGCUGGGGCUGCUGCUGGUGGAGAUGGGCUCCAGGGUCACCCCCGAGGCGCUGCACUAUGACUACGUGGACGUGGAGACCUUAACCAGCAUCGUCAGUGCGGGCCGCAACUCCUUCCUAUAUGCAAGAUCCUGCCAGGAUCAAUGGCCUGAGCCCCGUGUCUAUGAUGACGUCCCUUAUGAAAAGAUGCAGGACGAGGAGCCAGACCGUCCAGCUGGGGCCCAGGUGAAGCGCCACGCCUCCUCCUGCUGUGAGAAGUCCCACCGAGUGGAUCCGCAGGUCAAAGUCAAGCGCCACGCCUCCAGUGCCAAUCAAUACAAGUACGGUAAGAACCGAGCUGAGGAGGAUGCCCGGAGGUACCUGAUAGAAAAAGAGAAGCUGGAGAAAGAGAAAGAGACAAUCCGGACAGAGCUGAUGGCACUGCGGCAGGAAAAGAGGGAGCUAAAGGAUGCCAUUCGGAACAACCCAGGAGCAAAGUUAAAGGUUCUGGAGGAGGCGAUGGCCACCCUGGAAGCUCAGUGUCGGGCAAAGGAAGAGCACCGGAUUGACCUGGAACUGAAGCUGGUGGCCGUGAAGGAGCGCUUACAGCAGUCUCUGGCGGGAGGCCCGGCCCUGGGACUCUCCAUGAGCAGCAAGAACAAGAGUGCAGAAACUGCAAGUAAACCCCAGAAAGAUGCCCCAGAGCAACCUCUCCCUGUCAACUGUGUUUCUGAGCUGAGGAAGAGGAGUCCAUCCAUCGUAACCUCCAACCAAGGAAGGGUGCUGCAAAAAGCCAAGGAAUGGGAAAUGAAGAAGACCUAGAUUGAGGAUGAGAAUUUUAUCCAAAGGAAUAUCAAUUGUCCAUCUAAGGCGGAAAUGCUUUUUCACAAGGAGAUACCAGAAGACUGAAAACAGCCCCCACUCUCCGGGGCACCCGAAAGACCAGCCUUUGUUGUCUGCAUGAUUAUAGGGGGUAUAAGGAGGGAACAAGUAGAACUGAAGAGGGAAAUGAAGGGCAUCCCUAUAUAACUUCACAGAGGGUGGGAAAUGCGGGUGGAGGGAGACAGACAUCUGCGCAGUUGUAAAGGUUUUGUUAAAUGUCUUUGCCUUUCCUUCUGAAGAAGCAAAAGCACAUGUGGAUAAGCCAUUCCAUCCCAUUCUCAGCACCCCAUUCCCAGUCCUUUGUGCAAAGGAAGGCAGUGCUGAAGCAUUAGUGGUGCAAUACAGAGAAGUAACUUGA